CUUGCUGUCAUGUAGCUGGCCUUCUUGCUGCGGGAUCGAUGCUGCAGAUAGAUGCAGGAAAAUCCUCGUGAUUGAUUAACACGGAGCAAAGUUUCAGAGCGUCACAAACACAAACCUGGAGAGGCAUCAGCCGGAAGCGGCUCACCAAGGUGGGCGUCAGUGAAGACGGACAGAGAUCAGAGUGACGCUGAAGCUGUCAGGGUCUGCUGCACAGUGUUUCCUGCAGAUGUUGCAGACAGAGGAAGAGAUUCCCUGGAGCAUGAGUCUGGACCUCGGUAAUAUUAAGGAGGAACAGGAGGAUCUGCUCAAUGACUCGGACGAGGCUGACUUCAUCAGGUUCUCAGUCACUGAUGUUGCUGUGAAGAGUGAAGAUGAUGAAGAUGGACCCCAGUUCUCAGAGAGUAAUCAGAGCUCAGCUGAAGAGAAAAACAAGGGAGAGCCUCCAGGCUUGUCUUCUUCUGCUGCUGGUGAUGCUUCACAGCUUGCAGAUGUCCAGCGGAUCUUGGUGAUUAAAGAAGAGGUUCCUUGGAGCUCAUGCCAUGAUGACCUCCUCCACAUUAAGGAGGAACAGGAGGAACUCCUACCUGGUUGUGAGGGAGAACAGCUUAAUAGGCCAGAAGAGGAUAACAUCACCAGGUUCCCAUUAACUGCUGUUCCCAUAAAGAGUGAAGAUGAUGAAGAAAAACCCAAGUUCUUCCAGACAGAGCCUCUAACCAGCAGCUCAGCUAAGCAGAUAAAAACAGAAACUGAUGCAGAAGACUGUGAAGCAGCAGAAACAGCCUGGAACGCAGAUCUGAACAGUCAUAUACAGUCGAGGGCUGAUGGAAAGGCUUCAGACUCUUAUGAAACUGAAGUCAGUAUUGAUGAUGACGAUGAUGAAGACGACGACGAUGACUGGCAGGAACAUUGGUCGGAUUCUGAACUUGAAACAGAAGACAGUGACAGUGGCUGGAAGGAGAGCGGUACUUAUGAGUCGGGAGUAAAAAGUGAUAUGAGAAGGGAGUCAGCAGAAGGGUCUACCAGCUGUUUGGUUAGUAAGAAAUGUUUUAGGGUGAAGCAAAAUGCAGAGUCACACAUGACAGUCCUCACAGGAGAGAAACCGUUUGGCUGCAAUGUUUGUAAAAAAAAAUUUAGAGAUCUCUACAACUUUAAUAGACACAUGAGAGGCCACACAGGAGAGAAACCGUUUAGCUGUGAUGUUUGUGAAAAAAAAUUUAGAGAUCAGUAUUAUCUUAAGACACACAUGAGAAUCCACACUGGAGAGAAGCUUUUCACGUGCAGUGUUUGUGACAAAAGAUUCACACAGAGUUUAAAUUUCAAGACGCAUAUGAGAAUUCACACGGGAGAGAAACCAUUUAGUUGUGAGUUUUGUGGGAAACGGUUUAACCAAGAGGGAAAUCUGAAGAUGCACAAAAGACUCCACACAGGAGAGAAACCAUUUGGUUGUGAUUUUUGUGGCAAAAGAUUUCACCAAGAAGGAAAUCUGAAGAUGCACAAAGCACUCCACACGGGGGAGAAACCGUUUGGUUGUGGGGUGUGUCAUAAAAGAUUUUCACAACUAGGUGAUCUCAAAAGACAUGAGACUGUGCAUUCAGUGGACAAACCAUUUAACUGUAGUAUUUGUGGUAUAAAUUUUACCCAGAAAAAGUAUUUCGAGAGACACAUGAAUGUCCAUUCAGGGGAGAGACCUUUUGGUUGUGAUGUUUGUGGUAAAAGAUUUAACACUAGGCGAAAUCUUGAGAUGCACACCAGAGUCCAUACAGGAGAGAAACCGUUUGGUUGCGAUGUUUGUAGUAAAAGAUUUUCACAGAUGGGAAUUUUAAGGAGGCACAUGAAAGUUCACAUGGCAGAGAGACCAUUUGGUUGUGACAUUUGCAAUAGAAGAUUUAACAAUAAGAGGAAUUAUGAGACACACAUGAAAGUCCACACAGGAGACAAACCAUUUGUUUGUGAAGUUUGUGGCAAUCAGUUUGCACAGCUAGGAAUACUGAAGAGACAUAUGCUAAUUCACGCAGGAAAGAAACCAUUUGGUUGUGACAUUUGUAAGAAAAGAUAUUUACGAGUAGAGGAUCUAACAAGACACCAGAGUAUCCACACAUAAGAACAUUCAGUUGUUCUUAAUAUGGUGAAAGAUUAAAAUGUAAAAAACAUUUCAAGACAUACCUGAGGGAAAUCGUUUUGUUGUGAUCAUGCUAAAUACCACCCUCUGGUUGUGAUGAAAGAUUAAUGAAAAUUUGUUGGGGGGGUUUUUAAUUGGAAAAUUUUACCAUGACCAAAUCUGUGUUUACUGUAUGACAGAUACAUAUCUUAAAUAUGCAACAUUGUUCAAAGCAAAGCUAUAGUGGGAACUGAUCUGGAAAUACAUAUAGUAUUUAUUUUCAGUGUUAACUUUAGGGACGAAUGACCAGAGCCUUUAUUAAAUCAUACUAGAAACCUCUAGCUAUAGGUUAACAUGAAUACACUAAGAGUGUACUCACACUGGGUGAUCAGCUAACUUCAAUGUGCUCGAGCUGAGAUGUUCAGAACAACUGAAAUGUGCUUGGACCUGUAGCAAAGCACAGUGUGAGCUCACCGUAAGGCUGUUAGUUCUCAGCAUUAAUAAUGGCAAAGAAGCUCUAUUAACAUUAAAUUUAAUGUCGAAUCAGUGACUAACAUAACAAUGUCACAUUGGCCUUGCUUGAUCUCACCAUGUCCAGAUGUCCAGAUAAAUGUUUGCUUUGUUGGAAACUUUCUGCCUGGUUUGCUUAGAAAAAAUGGCAAAUAUGACUUUGAUUUAUGCAGCUGUCACUUUAAAAGCAACAGGACAUGUUUGGAAACACUGUUCAUGAAAAUAAAAGCUCUGUAUGGGGGUUGAGAAGCAGAGCAGAACACAAUGAAGAGCUUUUUUUUCAGUUGUGAUAUUAAGCAUACGACUUUAAAUAAAAUGUGAUGCAAAGCGACUGCUGACUGUCUAAGAAAUGUAGAAAAGUGAUUUAAAAUAUGAGAUACAGAAAGUUAAUUGCAUGCAUUUGAGGGCAAACAUUUGCAUUCAUAAAAUGUACUCUGAUAUUAAUCAAGUUGCAGCUAUAUAAACACACCUAACUAAUAUAAGACACAAACGCUCAUGUAGCAGAAGAACACAAGAUGAUCACUGAUGUAUAAUGUUUACACAUAUGAAUUGCUGAUAUGUGAUAGUCUUCUUUGUUCUAUGUGUAGCAGUCAUCUGACUUGUGUAUGCACACAGGAGCUGUGAAACAUGCUCUCCCUGUGUGAGCUUCUAUGGAGAAGGAGGAGAUUCUUCUGUGGUUUGCUUGAGUAAACUGCUAAAGUUUUGUUUGAUGAUGAAUUGCAGACAUUGUGCUUUAAAUGUUGAGGGUUUCUCUUACUUUGGCCUUUGUUAUCAGGCCUUCACAGACCUU